AUGUGUGAACUCCUCAAUUGGACAGUCGCGACAUCAUGCAGCAUAUCGUCAGACCUUGCAGCACGCCCAUCAAUAACGAGCUCGGCCCAAGUCCUGCGUGGAUCUCCUACCAUAGACAUGUCCCGACCUCGCGUGAGACAUAGGCUUUGCAAAUUCAAGGAUGAAUUCAACGAUCUCGAGAUUGCUUCUACCAAGUUGAUUACCUGUAACAGCGCAUUCUACCUAAAUCAAAAUGAACGCAACAACUUCCCCAGCAACAACAGCUCUCAGAGCAGACCCUCGAGAUUUCGAAAGCGGAAUACAUACGGAAUUUGGGGCCGCAGUAAGUCGAACUGUCGAAAUCAACGAACUGCUACUGCGGGCUACGAAGCUGUGAUCAGCAAUCGGGCUACGGAGCAAGAAAUUCCUACGAACCUUCUAGCUCAGCCACGGCGGCCCCAGUUGAGGACGAGGAAUGGCUCUUCAGAUCCACUGCUUCGUGGCCCACCGCGGUUCACGAAUCCAAAGGCGCAGGCCCUCCGAGCCUCUGGAACCAUCCCACAUCGUCACUGCAAUCCAACUUUCUACAUCUUUGCGCACGGCACGCAGGAAUGCCAUCCUCGGGACACGCGCCGCAAUGCGAGCAUCCGCUUUCAUCUCGAUACUGCCAGCUGGACUACGAAGGCACCUCGAGUCUUUCUGGCCUCAAAGCGACUCGAGAAGACAUUGGAGGACUGGAAUCAGGAUGAAAUGGAAAUUGUGAAUGAAGAAGAAGGGCUUGCUCCCGAGGGUCAGGAGCCUGUUCUUGUGAAUGCUGAAGGCUAUGGAGAGGAGCCUGUUCCUGUCAAUGCUGCAAAUGAAGAAGAGGAGCCUGUUGAGACGCAGAAAGAACUGCAGGAAGCCUGCGACGAAGGCCGCAAGGAAGCUGCUAAAGCCAAAGACAAGACUGCGGCUCGGGGAGAUAGGGCAGAGCUCCACUGCCGUGGGAAGCACUGUCGUCCAUUUGAAUCGACGUGGGCAGGAUGCUACAACGCCCGCUUUUUCCAAAAGCAUUUCCCUAUGGAACAACUCUCGGAAUGA